AUGCUCUCACGUGUUGCUGCAGUGAAGGCACCCCGCACACACAACCGUCGCCGCGUGACCGGAUCCAGCGGAAGGAGGAGGGAAGGAAGAGAGAGUGAGCCGCAGAGGCCCAACAUGUCCCGGCGUGUGUUUAAUUCCGCGGUGCUGCUCCUCCUCGUCGUGAUGGUUUGCUGCGCCACCUGUGGAACUGUGCAAGGUGAGGAGGAUCUGCCGGCAGUUCCAAAGUAUCAAUUGGAGGACAUCAGUGAAGGUGAUGGAAAUCUGGAGUCGUUGGGUGCUCCCGGCCUUUUGAAAGUGGGGAGUGACGUAUUUGCCGUUGCCGAGGCUCAAUGCAAGAAUAAGGAUGGAGAUAACGUCUUUACUGGGAUUGCAUCCCAACUUCUCACGAUAGAAGGCGGUAACAGACCGGAGGAAGUGCUUAAGAAUGCCAGAGUGAUACAAGUUCUGGAGGAAUUCACUUCUGCAAAGGAGAAGACGAGAGUAGAUGUGAGCCGACCGACAACGGUUGUGGGGGAAAGUAAUAUUUACAUGCUUGUUGGGAAAUACAGCCGUAAUGGUGGUCAGGAGAGUGGUGCAGGUGACUGGGGAUUCUUGAUGGUGAAAGGGGAAUUCAGUGGUGAAGAAAGUAAAAAACAAAUUGACUGGAAAGAUACCAACGCUGUCCCGAAGACACCUUUGGGCGAACAACCUUCAUCCUUGACAGGACUGAUUGGAGGCGGCGGAUCGGGUGUUAAGAUGGAGGACGGUACACUUGUUUUUCCACUGGAAGGCACGAAGAAGGAUGACGUAGACGCAGGAAAGGAUGGAAAGACAACUACCGUUUCUUUGGUACUAUACAUGCAGGAUACUAAGAGUUGGAAGCUGUCGAAGAGGAUGUCUGCCGAUGGCUGCAGUGAUCCCUCCGUCGUGGAGUGGAAGGACAAACUCAUGAUGAUGACUGCGUGUGGUGAUGGCCGCCGCAGGGUGUACGAGUCCGGCGACAAGGGGGAGUCGUGGACGGAGGCACUCGGGACACUCUCGCGUGUGUGGGGCAACAAAAAGGAAAAUGAGAAGGACGUUAGGAACGGGUUCACCACAGCGACUUUUGGUGCUGGAGGUGAGCAGAAGAAUGUGAUGCUCGUUGCUCUGCCGGUGUAUGCCAAAGAAAAAGAAAAGGGUGAACUCCAUCUUUGGCUGACGGACAAUACGCACAUUGUUGAUAUUGGGCCGAUAUCCGGGAAGGACGAUGACGCUGCCGCCAGCGCCCUGUUGUACAAAAGUGCUGGAAGUGGAGCUGAUGAUAAUAAGAAGGAGGAGUUGGUUGCACUGUACGAGAAGAAGAAGGGCGAUGAGAAAGAAAAACCAUCGCCCGGUAUGGUCUCUGUGCGUCUGACUGAGCAGCUGGAGCGGGUGAAGGAUGUGCUGGCGACCUGGAAGAAAGUGGACAAACGUGUCUCCCAGCUGUGCCCUUCUGAGAGCGCUGAGAAGGCUCCCUCACCUGACACUGCCUUCAAAAACAUUAAGAUCACGGAUGGGCUGGUUGGCUUUUUGUCCGGCAACUUCUCUGAUAAGACAUGGAGGGACGAGUACCUCGGGGUGAACGCCACAGUAAAGAAGGGAACGAAAGAAGGAGCGGCUGCAGGGGUAGCAGAGACUGCAGAGUCUUCCGAUGGAGUGAAGUUCCAGGGAGCGUGGGCGGAGUGGCCCGUUGGCAAGCAGGGGGAGAAUCAGCUGUACCACUUUGCGAACUACAACUUCACUCUUGUGGCGACGGUGUCCAUCCACGGUGUGCCGACGAAGGAGGGAGAUACCCCCAUUCCAGUGAUGGGUGCGAAGAUGAGUGACGAUGAUAAGAAUCCAGUACUCCUGGGACUGUCGUACAACAACAAAGAGAAAAAGUGGACAUUACUGUGUGGCGACGGAAAGAAUACGGAGCACAGCAGCACUUGGGAGACACAGAAGGAUACAACACGGUACCAAGUGGCCAUUGUGCUGCAGAACGGCACUCAGGGCUCCGCGUACGUCGAUGGUAAGCGUGUGGGUGAGCCAUGUAAAGUGGAAAGUAAGGAAGAUAAAAAGAUCUCCCACUUCUACAUUGGAGGGGAUGGAAGCAACAAAGGGAGCCAAGAAGGCGUGUCUGUGACUGUGAGGAACGUCCUGCUGUACAACCGCCCGUUGGAUGACAGUGAGAUUUCUGCCCUUAAUGCAAUUAAACCCCCGAUUACGCCUCCGAAGGACCCAAAUGCGCAGGAAGUCGUGUUGCCUUCUCCUGGCAGAACACCGCAUGCGGGACAGGAACCUUUGAAUGGAGGCGAAGGUGCUGACGGUGGAAGUGCAUCCCCAUCAGCAGUGUCCGCUUCAACGACUUCCUCAGGAAGUGGGCAAUCUGUGAACCAACUCGCGCCAGGAAAGCCUCCCGAUGGAAAUGAAGAUGUGGAUGUCUUUUCCUCGUCUAGCGGUAACCCGACGUUGGGGGAGGGGAGUGCAGAUACGAUACAGGGAGAUGGACCACACAAACCUUCCGUGGGUAAUACCGCCGCCGCCGCAGAUACAAACGUUCUUGCCGCUAAAGGCGAGGGGCACGAUGGACCCGCAUUGACAGCUGAUGUGAGCGUGAGCUCUGGUGCGGAUGGGGAGACGGCAGGAGGAACGGAUGCGCAGGAGGAGCAGGAGAUCCAUCCGCAGGACAGGGAGGUAAAGUCUGCGGCCCUCAGCAGCAGCCUCGGAAAUUUGUCGCAGGGGAAUAACACCGAUGCGUGUACUGUAAGUGAGAGUGGACUGCUGCAGCUGCCGCUGCUUCUUCUGUUGGGACUGUGGGGGUUUGCGACUGCGUGA